AUGAACUUAACUCUCCCUUCUUGUCCUCCAGGUUAUACAACUGUAAACGAGACACAUUCAAUCAACUCAGACGUCAGUUGUGACGGACAACCUCUAACACAAUCCAUGUAUUUUAGAUGUGGAACAGAAACACGGACAUGGCAUUCCAACAGGAUCGUAGACUCCGCUGAUAAAAAUUCUCCUGGAAUCGCGACGGACGAAAUAAUUGCAUCACAAAGAUUUCGUCAAAUGACACCAGAACAAAACACAUUGACAGGCCAAACUACCACGUCAUCAGGAAUGUUCACAGACAAAACUACUACCACGUUAUCAGGAACGUUCACAGACAAAACUACCACGUUAUCAGGAACGUUCACAGACAAAACUACCACGUCAUCUGGACAAACUAUGACUCCAUCAAGUUCAGGUAACGCUACCACUCCACCAGACCAAACUAUGACUCCACCAAAUUUAGGUGACGUAAGCAAACUACCAGACCAAACUAUGACUUCAUCAAGUUUAGGUAAAGCUAGCACACCACCAGACCGAAUUCCCAUUCAUUCAAGUCUAGGUAACGCUACCACACCACCAGACCAAACUACCACUUCACCAAGUCUGGGUAACGCUACCACUCCACCAGACCAAAUUACCACUGCACCAAGACUAGGUAACGCUACCACACCACCAGACCAAACUACCACUUCACCAAGUCUGGGUAACGCUACCACUCCACCAGACCAAAUUACCACUCAAUCAAUUUUAGGUAACACUUCCACUCCACCAGACCAAAUUACCACUGCACCAAGACUAGGUAACGCUACCACACCACCAGACCAAACUACCACAGCACCAAGUCUAGGUAACACUUCCACUCCACCAGACAAAAUUACCACAGCACCAAUUCUAGGUAACGCUACCACACCACCAGACCAAACUACCAGUGGACCAAGUCUAGAUAACACUUCCACUCCAACAGACCAAAUUACCAAAGCACCAAAUCUGGGUAACGCUACCACACCACAAGACCAAACUACCACUCAAUCAAUUUUAGGUAACACUUCCACUCCACCAGACCAAAUCACCACUGCACCAAGUCUAGGUAACGCUACCACACCGCCAGACCAAACUACCACUCAAUCAAUUUUAGGUAACACUUCCACUCCACCAGCCCAAAUUACCACAGCACCAAGUCUGGGUAACGCUAUCACACCGCUAGACCAAAUUACCACAGCACCAAGUCUAGGUAACACUACCACACCACCAGACCAAAUUACCACUCAAUCAAUUUUAGGUAACACUUCCACUCCACCAGACCAAAUUACCACUGCUUCAAGUCUAGGUAACACUUCCACUCCACCAGACCAAACUACCACUCAAUCAAUUUUAGGUAACACUUCCACUCCACCAGACCAAAUUACCAGUGCAUCAAGUCUAGGUAACACUUCCACUCCACCAGACCAAAUUACCACUCAAUCAAUUUUAGGUAACGCUACCACACCACCAGACCAAAUUACCACAGCACCAAGUCUGGGUAACACUACCACACCACCAGACCAAAUUACCACAGCACCAAGUCUGGGUAACACUACCACACCACCAGACCAAAUUACCACAGCACCAAGUCUGGGUAACGCUACCACACCACCAGACCAAACUACCACAGCACCAAGUCUAGGUAACGCUACCACACAAUCAGACCAAACUAACACAGCACCAAGUCUGGGUAACGCUACCACACCACCAGACCAAAUUACCACAGCACCACGUCUAGGUAACGCUACCACACCACCAGACCAAAUUACCACAGCACCAAGUCUGGGAAACGCUUCCACACCGCUAGAGCAAAUUACCACAGCACCAAGUCUGGGUAACGCUACCACACCACCAGAACAAAUUACGUCGCAAUCAAGUCUGGGUAACGCUACCACACCACCAGACCAAAUUACUACAGCACCAAGUCUGGGUAACGCUACCACACCACCAGACCAAAUUACCACAGCAUCAAGUCUGAAUAACGCUACCACACCACCAGACCAAAUUACCACAGCACCAAGUCUGGGUAACACUACCACACCACCAGACCAAAUUACCACAGCACCAAGUCUGGGUAACGCUACCACACCACCAGACCAAAUUACCACAGCACCAAGUCUGGGUAACACUACCACACCACCAGACCAAAUUACCACAGCACCAAGUCUGGGUAACGCUACCACACCACCAGACCAAACUACCACAGCACCAAGUCUGGGUAACGCUACCACACAAUCAGACCAAACUACCACAGCACCAAAUCUGGGUAACGCUACCACACCACCAGACCAAAUUACCACAGCACCAAGUCUGGGAAACGCUUCCACACCGCUAGAGCAAAUUACCACAGCACCAAGUCUGGGUAACGCUACCUCACCACCAGAACAAAUUACGUCGCAAUCAAGUCUGGGUAACGCUACCACACCACCAGACCAAACUACCACAGCACCAAGUCUGGGUAACGCUACCACACCACCAGACCAAACUACCACAGCACCAAGUCUAGGUAACGCUACCACACAAUCAGACCAAACUACCACAGCAACAAGUCUAUGUAACGCUACCACACCACCAGACCAAAUUACCACACCACCAAGUCUGGGUAACGCUACCACACCACCAGACCAAACUACCACACCACCAAGUCUGGGUAACGCUACCACACCACCAGACCAAAUUACCACAGCACCAAAUCUGGGUAACGCUACCACACCACCAGACCAAAUUACCACAGCACCAAGUCUGGGAAACGCUUCCACACCGCUAGAGCAAAUUACCACAGCACCAAGUCUGGGUAACGCUACCACACCACCAGAACAAAUUACGUCGCAAUCAAGUCUGGGUAACGCUACCACACCACCAGACCAAACUACCACAGCACCAAGUCUGGGUAACGCUACCACACCACCAGACCAAACUACCACAGCACCAAGUCUAGGUAACGCUACCACACAAUCAGACCAAACUACCACAGCACCAAGUCUGGGUAACGCUACCACACCACCAGACCAAAUUACCACAGCACCAAGUCUGGGAAACGCUUCCACACCACCAGACCAAAUUACCACAGCAUCAAGUCUGAAUAACGCUACCACACCACCAGACCAAAUUACCACAGCACCAAGUCUGGGUAACACUACCACACCACCAGACCAAAUUACCACAGCACCAAGUCUGGGUAACGCUACCACACCACCAGACCAAAUUACCACAGCACCAAGUCUGGGUAACCCUACCACACCACCAGACCAAAUUACCACAUCACCAAUUCUGGGUAACGCUACCACACCACCAGACCAAACUACCACAGCACCAAGUCUGGGUAACGCUACCACACAAUCAGACCAAACUACCACAGCACCAAAUCUGGGUAACGCUACCACACCACCAGACCAAAUUACCACAGCACCAAGUCUGGGAAACGCUUCCACACCGCUAGAGCAAAUUACCACAGCACCAAGUCUGGGUAACGCUACCACACCACCAGAACAAAUUACGUCGCAAUCAAGUCUGGGUAACGCUACCACACCACCAGACCAAACUACUACAGCACCAAGUCUGGGUAACGCUACCACACAAUCAGACCAAAUUACCACAGCACCAAGUCUGGGUAACGCUACCACACCACCAGAACAAAUUACGUCGCAAUCAAGUCUGGGUAACGCUACCACACCACCAGAACAAAUUACGUCGCAAUCAAGUCUGGGUAACGCUACCACACCACCAGAACAAAUUACUACAGCACCAAGUCUGGGUAACGCUACCACACCACCAGACCAAAUUACCACAGCACCAAGUCUGGGUAACGCUACCACACCACCAGACCAAAUUACCACAGCACCAAGUCUGGGUAACACUACCACACCACCAGACCAAAUUACCACAGCACCAAGUCUGGGUAACGCUACCACACCACCAGACCAAAUUACCACAGCACCAAGUCUGGGUAACGCUACCACACCACCAGACCAAACUACCACAGCACCAAGUCUGGGUAACGCUACCACACCACCAGACCAAAUUACCACAGCACCAAGUCUGGGUAACACUACCACACCACCAGACCAAAUUACCACAGCAUCAAGUCUGAAUAACGCUACCACACCACCAGACCAAACUACCACAGCACCAAGUCUGGGUAACGCUACCACACAAUCAGACCAAACUACCACAGCAACAAGUCUGGGUAACGCUACCACACCACCAGACCAAAUUACCACAGCACCAAGUCUGGGUAACACUACCACACCACCAGACCAAAUUACCACAGCAUCAAGUCUGAAUAACGCUACCACACCACCAGACCAAACUACCACAGCACCAAGUCUGGGUAACACUACCACACCACCAGACCAAAUUACCACAGCAUCAAGUCUGAAUAACGCUACCACACCACCAGACCAAAUUACCACAGCACCAAGUCUGGGUAACGCUACCACACCACCAGACCAAACUACCACAGCACCAAGUCUGGGUAACGCUACCACACCACCAGACCAAACUACCACAGCACCAAGUCUGGGUAACGCUACCACACCACCAGACCAAACUACCACAGCACCAAGUCUGGGUAACGCUACCACACCACCAGACCAAACUACCACAGCACCAAGUCUGGGUAACACUACCACACCACCAGACCAAAUUAACACAGCAUCAAGUCUGAAUAACGCUACCACACCACCAGACCAAACUACCACAGCACCAAGUCUGGGUAACGCUACCACACCACCAGACCAAACUACCACAGCACCAAGUCUGGGUAACGCUACCACACAAUCAGACCAAACCACCAGUGCACCAAGUCUAGGUAACACUACCACACCACCAGACCAAACUACCACUGAAUCAAGUCUAGGAAACGCCACUUCUCUACCAGGCCAAACUACCACUGAAUCAAGUCUAGGUAACGCUACCACACUACCAGAACAAACUACCAUUCCAUCAAGUUUAGGUAACACUUCCACAAAAACAUACCAAAUAACCACCCCAGGUUACACUACAACUCCACAGGAUCAAACUACCCUUCCUUCAAAUUUAGGUAACGCUACCACACAACAUGACCAAUUUACCACACCACCAGGUCUGUUGACAAACCAAACUACCAUUCCAUCAGGCCUAGGUAACACUACUUUACCAUCAGGUAGUGUUAACACCACGGCGACACCACACUUUGGUAUGAUGCAUCACCAGGACAACACCGAUAUGGCGGUUGGCGGAGGUUCGAGCACUGCUGUAGGAGCUGUGGUUGGGUCUGUGGUUGCCCUGGUCAUCAUAUGUGUAUUGGCUGCUGUGAUCCGUCGAGAGAUAAGGAGGAGGAGGCGGGUCCGGAGCUUCGAAAAUUUGCUUUACUACACGACACCUAUGGAGACUGCCGCAAAGCCGAGGUUCGAUUUUAGAUUACUAACGACACGUAACGGGUACACUACAUAG